UGUAGUGAUUAAAAAUCACAAUCCGCCGCUCGGUAACUAGCAAAUCCUAUAGCAUUGACCGAAUAAUCGAGAUCGAAUACAGACGUGUAGAUAGGAACAAAUUAUACGAAACAUGAAAUCCAUUAGUGGAUUUGUGAUUGUGUUGGCACUCGCAAUUAAUAUUAGUGCGUACCAGCCUCAAACACCGCUGAUAAAAAAUGUAUUCCGCGGUGGAACACAUUUGGAAGGGCCACAUUUCGCAAAAGAUGAAAGCGCACUUUACUGGGUCGAUAUUUCGGAACAGAAAGCUUACAGACUUGACAUAGAUACCGGCAACAUAACUAGUAGAUAUAUAGAAUAUGGUCCAGUGAGUUUGAUUAUAAGAGUGAAGGACUACCCCAAAUUAGUAGUUGUAUCAGCAAGGUCGGAACUUUAUUUUCUUCCGUGGGAUGCGCCCGGCGGUGACAAGGCUUUAAGACUACUAACUGCCGUAGAUAUUGGCUUGCCUGAUAAUAGAGUCAAUGAUGGCAAGGCCGACGCUAAAGGAAGAUUAUGGUUUGGAACAAUGGGUAUGGAAGUAAACGGAGUAAUAGAUAAGGACCAAGGCACAUUAUACUCAAUAUCAGAGCACAACUUCAUGCAUCCUCAGGAGAAAGUACGACCAGUGUCGAUAUCGAAUGGAAUCGCGUGGACACCGGACAACAAAUUCAUGUUCUACAUCGACUCGCCUACGAGAAAUAUUGAUGCGUUCGAUUUCGAUCUUGAAUCAGGAACUAUACGCAAUCGAAGAGUGUUGUUCAGUUUCCAAGCAAACAAUGUCACAGGUGUUCCAGAUGGGAUGACGAUUGAUAGAGAUGGCAACUUAUGGGUGGCAUGUUAUGAUGGAGGAAAGGUAAUCAAAGUAGAUCCCAGAGCAGGCAAGUUAAUGGAACAUCACAAAAUACCGGCAACCAAGGUGACAUCGCUGACUUGGGGAGGAUAUGACUACUCUACACUGUAUGUGACCACUAGUAGCCUUGGAUUAAACCCUUUGCAGAAGACACAGGAACCAGAAGCUGGUUCCCUGUUUGCUAUAGAGUUUACAGGCUCCAGAGGAAAUCCUGAGAAUCAGCUAGUAUUCGCUAAUGCUGAUAAAUAUUGAAAACAAUAUUGUUGAUUAUUACUUUUUAUAAUUUAUUGUAAAAUAUGACAAUAAAAUUCAUACCUCUUAUUUUA